CCCUCGUCUUAGGGGACGUUAUUGGAUGGGUGCGUCCGGCCUCCCGCUGUGGGCAGAGUCCUCCGCAAUGUUUUUCCUCCCCUCCUGAACCUGCCACGUUACUUUUCAGAUAUUUUUAAUAACAGUGCUGCUUCCGUAGACCACGGAGAAAAUAAGCCCUCUCUUUUUCACUUAGUAGAAACUUAUGCACCGCCAGGGGCCCGCCAGGAGGUCGCGCAUGCGCGCGAUCGACCAGAAGAUGGCGGUGGUUAUCGCCGCACUUUUUUUCAAAUUAGUGGGUCCCAGAAACCAUUGCGCGCAUUUGUAACGAAUUUCCGUUCGAGUUUGUAUUUUAGGCGCCAUUUUCGAGUGAAGGACCCGGAGCUGAAACACCGGUAGGAGAAGGGGGUUGCUAUACGGCCGUUUCCAGCCUUGGUGUGAGUGGACUGUCACGCAGCGACCAUGCCUCGUAAAGGGACACAAGCCUCCACCGCCCGACCCAAAGACGAAGGGCCGUCGCCGAACGGCGCCAGCAGCGAUGCAGAGCCCGAGCCGCUGUCCGACGGCGCAGAGAACGCAGCUCCGGCCGCAGAAACUCCAAGUGAGGAACUUGACAAUAGAAGUUUAGAAGAGAUUUUGAAUAGCAUUCCUCCUCCCCCGCCUCCAGCAAUGACCAAUGAAGCUGGAGCUCCUCGGCUUAUGAUAACUCAUAUUGUAAACCAGAACUUCAAAUCCUAUGCUGGGGAAAAAAUUCUGGGACCUUUCCAUAAGCGCUUUUCCUGUAUUAUUGGUCCAAAUGGCAGUGGCAAAUCCAAUGUUAUUGAUUCUAUGCUUUUUGUGUUUGGCUAUCGAGCACAGAAAAUAAGAUCUAAAAAACUCUCGGUACUGAUACAUAAUUCUGAUGAACACAAGGAUAUUCAGAGUUGUACUGUAGAAGUUCAUUUUCAAAAGAUAAUUGAUAAGGAAGGGGAUGAUUAUGAAGUCAUUCCUGACAGUAACUUCUACGUUUCCAGAACUGCCUACAGAGAUAAUACUUCUGUCUAUCACAUAAGUGGGAAGAAAAAGACAUUUAAAGAUGUUGGAAAUCUUCUUCGAAGCCAUGGAAUUGACUUAGAUCAUAACAGAUUUUUAAUCUUACAGGGUGAAGUUGAACAGAUCGCUAUGAUGAAACCAAAAGGCCAGACUGAACAUGAUGAGGGUAUGCUUGAAUAUUUAGAAGAUAUAAUUGGUUCUGGACGGCUAAAUGAACCUAUUAAAGUCUUGUUUUGGAGAGUUGAAAUAUUAAAUGAACACAGAGGAGAAAAGCUAAAUAGAGUUAAAAUGGUGGAAAAGGAAAAGGAUGCCUUAGAAGGAGAGAAAAACAUAGCCAUUGAAUUUCUUACCUUGGAAAAUGAAAUAUUUAGAAAAAAGAAUCAUGUUUGUCAGUAUUACAUUUAUGAUCUGCAAAAACGAAUUGCUGAAAUGGAAACUCAAAAGGAAAAAAUUCAAGAAGAUACCAAAGAAAUUAAUGAGAAGAGCUGCAUACUGUCAAAUGAAAUGAAAGCUAAGAAUAAAGCUGUAAAAGAAAUAGAGAAAAAAUUGAAUAAAACUAUAAAAUUUAUUGGGGAGAAUAAAGAAAAAUUUACACAACUAGAUUUGGAAGAUGUUCAAAUUCAGGAAAAAUUAAAACACGCUACAGGUAAAGCCAAAAAACUGGAGAAACAACUUCAAAAAGAUAAAGAAAAGGUUGAAGAAUUUAAAAGUAUGCCUGCCAAGAGUAAGAAUAUUAUAGCUGAGACAACAACUAGAAGCAAUGCUCUUGAAAAGGAAAAAGAGAAAGAAGAAGAAAAAUUAAAGGAAGUAAUGGAUAGCCUUAAACAGGAAACCCAGGGACUGCAGAAAGAAAAAGAAAGUCGAGAGAAAGAACUUAUGGUGUUCAGCAAAUCAGUAAACGAAGCACGUUCAAAGAUGGAUGUAGCCCAAUCAGAACUGGAUAUUUAUCUCAGUUGUCAUAAUACUGCAGUGUCUCAGUUAAGUAAGGCCAAGGAAGCUCUAAUUGCAGCUUCUGAGACUCUCAAAGAAAGGAAAGCUGCAAUUGAAGAUAUAGAGGCAAAACUUCCUCAAGCGGAAAAGGAAUUAAAAGAGAAAGAAAAGGAACUUCAGAAACUUACACAAGAAGAAAUAAACAUCAAAAGUUUGGUUCAUGAUCUUUUCCAAAAAGUUGAAGAUGCAAAGAGUUCCUUAGCAAUGAAUCGAAGUAGGGGGAAAGUCCUUGAUGCAAUAAUUCAAGAAAAAAAGUCUGGCAGGAUCCCAGGAAUAUAUGGGAGAUUGGGGGACUUAGGCGCCAUUGAUGAGAAAUACGAUGUGGCUAUUUCAUCCUGUUGUCAUGCAUUAGACUACAUAGUUGUCGAUUCUAUUGAUACAGCCCAACAAUGUGUGAACUUCCUUAAAAGAAAAAAUAUUGGAGUUGCAACCUUUAUAGGUUUAGAUAAGAUGGCAGAGUGGGCAAAGAAAAUGACCAAAAUUCAAACUCCUGAAAAUACUCCUCGGUUAUUUGACUUAGUAAAAGUAAAAGAUGAAGAAAUUCGUCAAGCUUUUUACUUUGCUUUACAAAAUACCUUAGUAGCUGACAACUUAGAUCAAGCCACUAGAGUGGCAUAUCAAAAAGAUAGAAGAUGGAGAGUGGUAACUUUACAGGGGCAAAUUAUAGAACAAUCAGGUACAAUGACUGGUGGUGGAAGCAAAGUUAUGAAAGGAAGAAUGGGUUCAUCCGUUAUUGUUGAAAUCUCUGAGGAAGAGGUAAAUAAAAUGGAAUCGCAGUUACAAAGAGAAUCUAAAAAAGCGGUGCAUAUCCAAGAACAGAAAGUACAACUGGAAGAAGCAGUAAUUAAGUUACGGCACAGUGAGCGAGAAAUGAGAAAUACACUAGAAAAGUUUACAGCAAGCAUCCAGCGUUUAUCAGAACAAGAAGAGUAUCUGAAUAUCCAAGUUAAGGAACUUGAAGCUAAUGUACUUGCUACUGCUCCUGACCAGAAAAAGCAGAAGUCGCUAGAAGAAAAUGUUAGUGCUUUCAAGAAAGAAUAUGAUGGCGUGGCUGAAAAAGCUGGUAAAGUAGAAGCUGAAGUUAAACGUUUACACGAUCUCAUCGUGGAAAUCAAUAAUCAUAAACUCAAGGCCCAGCAAGACAAACUUGAUAAAAUAAAUAAGCAAUUAGAUGAAUGUGCUUCCGCUAUUACUAAAGCCCAAGUAGCAAUCAAGACUGCUGACAGAAAUCUUAAAAAGGCACAAGAAUCCGUUUUACGCACAGAGAAAGAAAUAAGAGAUACUGAGAAGGAAGUAAAUGACUUAACAGCAGAGCUAAAAAGUCUUGAGGACAAAGCAGCAGAUGUCGUAAAUAUUACAAAUGCUGCAGAGAAGUCCUUACCAGAGAUCCAGAAAGAACAUCGUAAUCUACUUCAAGAACUAAAAGUUAUUCAAGAGAAUGAACACGCUCUUCAAAAAGAUGCACUUAGUAUUAAGUUGAAACUUGAACAAGUAAAUGGUCACAUUGCUGAACAUAAUUCUAAAAUAAAAUAUUGGCAAAAAGAGAUUUCAAAAAUAUCAUUGCAUCCCAUAGAAGGUAAUCCUGUUGAAGAAGUUUCCAUUUUAAGCCCAGAGGAUCUUGAAGCAAUCAAGAACCCAGAUUCUAUAACAAAUCAAAUUGCAAUUUUGGAAGCCAAGUGUCAUGAAAUGAAACCAAACCUUGGUGCCAUUGUAGAGUAUAAAAAGAAGGAAGAAUUAUAUUUGCAAAGGGUAGCAGAAUUGGACAAAAUUACUUAUGAAAGAGAUAAUUUCAGACAGGCAUAUGAAGAUCUUCGGAAACAAAGGCUUAAUGAAUUUAUGGCAGGUUUUUAUAUAAUAACAAAUAAGCUAAAGGAGAAUUACCAGAUGCUUACAUUGGGAGGGGAUGCUGAACUGGAGCUUGUAGACAGCUUGGAUCCUUUUUCUGAAGGAAUCAUGUUCAGCGUUCGGCCACCUAAGAAAAGUUGGAAGAAGAUUUUCAACCUUUCAGGGGGAGAGAAAACACUCAGUUCAUUGGCUCUAGUAUUUGCACUUCACCACUACAAACCCACCCCUCUUUACUUCAUGGAUGAAAUUGAUGCAGCCCUUGAUUUUAAAAAUGUGUCCAUUGUUGCAUUUUAUAUAUAUGAACAAACAAAAAAUGCCCAGUUCAUAAUAAUUUCUCUUCGAAAUAAUAUGUUUGAGAUUUCAGAUAGACUUAUUGGAAUUUACAAGACUUACAAUAUAACAAAAAGUGUUGCAGUUAACCCAAAAGAAAUCGCAUCUAAAGGACUUUGUUGAACUUGGUUAUACUGAAGAGUCUUCAAAGUGAAUUGGCAUAGAGCAUAGAGUCAGUGUAUUAUAUUACCGAUUUCCUAUUUGUAAUGUACUGUGAUUUGUAUAAAAUAUUCUGUAACUGGGGCCAACCCUUGGCCUGCUGGGUAAGGCAGCUGCCUUCCAUAUGGCCAACUGCACGGGUCUGCAGUGGCUAGAGAAACAGUGCCGGGCAUGUGUAUGUGUGUGUGUGUGUGUGUGUGCGUGUGUGUGUGUGCAUGUCCAGUACCCCAAAAGGAGGGAGAACUAGAGAAGGGAUUAUGGGUGACCUUACCCCCAUGGGGGGGCUCUUUCUCUGUCUCUGAUAGUUGCAGGCUUAUAAAUCUGGUUUCUGUUUUGUAAGUAAUUUUUUAAAAAUUUAAAUAGCCUAGCCCUGGCUAGUACUGCUGGUGGAUACUGCCACAGGACAGGUUUGAGCAUGGUGACAUAAUGCCCAUACUCACAGCAGCUUGGGAGCUUUAGGAAGAUCUAAAGCUCACAACUGGCAAUACAGCAAGACCCUGGCAGUGUGGACAUGCAAGUUGUCCCAGCUGCUCUAAAGGCUAAGGCACAAGAUUGCAACAUGACAGGACACUGCCUAAAGAAAUAAAACUUUAUUUUUCUAAAACUUGAUGUGUUUGACCAUUUAAAACUUAUUUGGCAGGGCCAGUAGGUGCCAUGGUGGUUAAGGUGCUAGACAACCACACAGCUAGUUUUGAGUCUCAGACUUGGUGCCUUGGAAUUCAAACUGGGUUGUGCACCCAAAUCCCAGAGAGACCGCAGAAGGGAUUGACCAUCAUUCCCUCUUUGUCUAACAAUCAUACAUCCCCAAAUUUGACUAGAGAACCAAAACUAUGACAAAGCUGUAUCUCAUAAGUUAAAAAUCUCACUAGAGUUGUUUUCUAAAAAGACGGAAAGAUAUAGGGGUUGGAUUUCCUAGCUAAUAAGUGGGAAUUGGCCUUGUUUGCCUAUCAAAUUUUACCUUGUCAGCCCAAGAAUGUUACAUACAAUGCCAAUAGAAGUUGGAAAUCACUUGCUUUUCAGAAGAAAUUUUGGUAUUGAACCAAGUCUUUGCCUUGUGAUUUCUAGAUAUUUAUCCUAAGGAAUUAAUGAGGAAAGGAAUUGCCUCAUAAUUCAGUGGACCAUUCUUUAGUUACUGGAAAGCCAAGAAUUGGUAGCAUAAUAUAGCCAUUAGAAGGUAAGUGUAGGCCAGCUGAGUAGCACAGCAGUAACACUUCUGGAUGCUGAGGCUCGGUGAAGGUCCAGGCUUGUGUUCCUAGUCUCCCUGUAUACAUGGGGUGCCUGUGUACACACUUGGAUCCUGACUGCCUUGAGGCUUAGGGUGGAUCUUGUCAAGAAGACCCUGUUAGGAUGCCUAUCUCAGUCUUCUCUUGUGAAAGAAAUAAAAACUUAAAAAUGUAAACAGUAUUGUGAUUUAAAAUAAAGCA